AUGAAAAGGAAGAACAACGUGACUGAGUUUGUGUUGUUCGGUCUUUUCCAGAGCAGGGAGCUACAGCAAGUGUGCUUUGUGGUCUUCUCCCUCUUCCAUGUGCUCACCGUCCUGGGGAACCUUCUGGUCAUUGUCACCAUCAAUGCCAGCAAGACCCUGAGUGCUCCUAUGUAUUUCUUCCUCAGCCAUCUGUCUUUUGCUGACAUGUGUUACCCAUCAGCUACCACACCCAAGAUGAUCAUGGACACAUUUGUGGAGCAUAAAACCAUCUCCUUCAAUGGCUGCAUGAUCCAACUCUUUUCUGCCCACUUCUUUGGUGGCACUGAGAUCUUCCUCCUCACAGCCAUGACCUAUGACCGCUACGUGGCCCUCUGCAGGCCCCUGCACUACACAACCAUCAUGGACCGGCAGAAGUGUGGCCUGCUGGUGGGGGCCUCCUGGGUGGCUGGCUUCUUGCACUCCAUCCUGCAGACCCUCCUCACAGCCAAGCUGCCCUUCUGUGGGCCCAAUGAGAUUGACAACUUCUUCUGUGAUGUUCACCCCUUGUUGAAGUUGGCCUGUGUGGACACCUAUGUGGUGGGGCUCAUUGUGGUGGCCAACAGUGGCAUGAUCUCCUUGGUGUCCUUCAUCGUCCUUAUCAUCUCCUAUGUGGUCAUACUGUUGAACCUCAGGAGCCGCUCUUCUGAGGGCCGGCACAAGGCUCUGUCCACCUGUGGUUCACAUAUCAUCACUGUCCUCUUGGUCCUUGUGCCCCCCAUGUUCAUGUACAUCCGUCCCUCUACCACCCUGGCUGCGGACAAACUUGUCAUUCUCUUCAACAUCGUCAUGCCUCCUUUGCUGAACCCUCUGAUUUACACCCUGAGGAAUAAUGAGGUAAAAAGUGCCAUGAGGAAAUUGUUUAGGGUCAAGGGGACCACAGGGGAGAAGUGA